AACAGGUAUUGCUACUGUUGUCAUAUUUAUUACUUUCUUACAGCGCCUCCCUAUCCUCCUAACGGUAAUAUCGGUGUCGGCUAUCCAACAGCCUACGGCUUGUGGCUUGGUCGAGGGAAUUGGGCAAGUUUUUCUGAUUUGGGUAAUACAUUGGCAAAUACGAUUCGAUGUCUGAAUGGUGGAGCUCAUAUUGGACAAUGCCGUAUCGAUGAUGACGCCAUUUGCUUGGCUCUUGGUGGAAGUUGCAUUCAAAGAGCAUGCUGUACAACACCAUUCUUCGGUCUUACCACUACCACCAAAGCACCGGAGGUUGACGGGGAGGCAACGAGAAAAGAAAGCGAACUCCGCACAGUGCCACCACCAGUAGAGGGGAAUGUGGAGCGCAAGGUAAGCCACUGA